GGCGGCGGGCGCGGCGGCGCCUUAGAGCUGCCCCAUGGCACAGAGACCCCUGAGCACGGCCGAGGCCGAGCGCAUGAACCUGGUGGCCCAGGACGCGAUCUGGAAAUACCGCCUGAAGGCUGAGAAGGAGGCCCGGCAGUCCUGGGCCCAGAGGUGGGGGUUCCUCGCCGGCCCCGUGGAGGAGCUGGCCCUGGGAGAUGAGCCGGCCCCCGGGAAGCCGCGGGUAGAGCUCCCGGAGCAUCUCCGCGUCCCGCCCGUGCACUCCGUGGAGAAGGACUUCAAGAUCCUUCCGUCCCCCCCUGUCCCAGAGACCACCCAGGGCUUCAUUGGCUGGAGGUCGGGGAAGCCAGGGCUGAGCAAGUACCUGGAGCUCGACUCUCAGAUCCGAAGCUGCAAAGGGGCGUAUGCCAAGCAGCUGGACUGGCCGGAGCAGGGCAUCUACUGA